CUGAAUUAUCUCAAAAAAGGACACGUCAGUUUCAUCGCGUAGCCCGUAAGUAAGUACUUAAGUAGUGUAUGUCAAGCAAGAUGCUUGUCGGAAUUGCAUCAGUUUGCUAAAAGUGUUUAUUCACCUGUCAACCUGUGUAAAAAUAAUUGAGAAAUACGAUUCCGUGCAUGGAACUAACAGUGUUUUUUAUACUAUCCGAACGAAGAUAAUAUUUAGAAUAAAACGUGCACAAGCUAAACAGUGAUUUAUGAGGAACAACUAGUAUACAAGUGAGGCUUGAUCAAAGUGUGUGUUUUGCAGAAAAUCGCAAAGAAAUCAAGUCGACAUGGCGACGCAGAGGCGACAGCCAGGAUUGCAGUAUGGCUUAAUAUUGCUGCUCAGCCAGGUCUUGAAUUUUGGCUUUGACAGAAUUCCACCUUGCACCCUAAUGGGCAUCGCUGCACAAAGUCUCUUGUACACAGGUGUUAUCAGAGUGCCAUGGAACUCGGAGGACAUGUGCAUAUCGACCUUGAAAGUGAUCAAACGCAGAGACUGGCGUUCUUUCAUCAUAUCAAACUUUGAGCACGGCUCUGACAUGCACCUCUACUACAACAUGAUCUCGUUUCUCCUAAAAGGUUCGUACCUCGAGCCAAUGUACGGCACAGCCAAUUUCGCAGCGCUCAUUGGAUUAUUGUCAGUCGGUUGUAGUGCCAUGUACGUACUGUUGGGAUACGUACUGACCCAAGUUACGGAGGACUAUGCGUAUUUUACGACCUGCGCUAUUGGAUUCUCAGCCGUUCUCUUUGCAUUAAAAGUCAUCGUUGUGUGCGAGGAGCAAGAUAGACCAGAGAACGUGGGUGGUUUCAGAGUACCGAGUAAAUUUGCUGUCUGGGCCGAGUUGAUUUUAAUCCAUCUGCUGGUACCUAAUGCCUCGUUCGUUGGACAUCUUGGAGGCAUUUUGGUUGGAUGCCUGUACUGCUAUACAUUCGUGGGAGAAAUCAUAGACAGCAAAGUAGCGAUUUUCACCGGGAGACCCAUCAUUCACGAGGAAAGGUUUUAUCGAAGGCGUACUUUAACGUUCUGAAGCAUAAAUGUUCCUUGAUCUGUGUGCAUCACUUGAAUUUAAUGGUGAUGCAUACGCUUUGUACAAAUGUAAUAUCUGGUCAAAAGGCGACAAUUUAUGCAGAUAUAAACAUAGAGACAAAUAAUAAAAUGUGGUGCGACUUGUGUCAAUAAAAAAGUUGUUAAAAAUGUUUUCUAACGCAGUAAGCUGGAAAAAAAAAAGAAUUGUUAUAUAUGCUAAAAAAGAUAGCAAGUAAGGGACAGAGUGUUGUUAUUUUUGUAAUAUAUUUAAUUUAUGAAUAAAAAUAAAAUUCAAUUCUAUUCAA